AUGAACCUUAACUGUUUCAGUGAUAUUGCCGACAGAUGUGUUCUUUCUACUAAUACAAUGCGGGCUACUCACCGUCAAUUACAUUAUUGGAUCACAAAUUGCGCUUCCAAUUACAGAGGCAGUGUAGGCACAUUCGAGUUCACUGGUCAACUGAGCUUUCGUCGUCUCUACCACAAUACUUACCGUAUCUCCACCCAAUCAAUACUUCUGGACGUUUGUGGGUUAUCAAUGAUGGUAAUCACCUAUGGUGCAUAUGCACUUGAUGGAAUUGGAUUUCCAUUUUUGAAACUGAUGGCACAGUUAUUUCGGGGGUUUGCACAAAUGUUCUUCAUAUUCAUGGUCCUAUUGCUCGGUCGAGGACAAAAUGUGACAAAAAUGAAAUUAUCAAAGGUUGACAAUAUCGCACUAUUCUGUUUAGCGUCAUUUUUCAUAUCAUCUUAUAUUGGAAUGCUGUUCUGGGAAAUUAAGGGUUUCGAUCCAGCACUCGUAUAUUUCCAAUCAGAAUCAAUACCGGGCUACUUGUUGGCUGGUUGGAGAAUUGUCGCAUGGGUGUUUUUCACUACAAAUUCCUACCUCACUCAACGAGCUUAUCCAGGAAAGAGAAAGUUCUACUUCACAUUUGUUACUCUAUUGACACCAUGGUUUUGGGCAGGACCAAUCGUUCUUUGUAUAGCUAAUUAUGUGCUAGACAAUUGGGUACGAGAAGGUGUUAUUAAUAUUGUUGAUAAUUGCGUUAUAUCUUACGGCUACAUUGUUUUCCUGGUGAGUCUUACAUUCCACUCAACCAUUAAAUAA